AUGGCGCUGGAGCAUGUGCGAGAAAUCUACGACGGCGUCAUCGACUUUUCAUUCGUCUUCCGUGACGGCAGCAGCGUCUGUGGCCCUGCCGUCGUCGGCGUAGAGGCAGCUGACGUCUACCACAACGACGCGCCGACUGUGUUCAUUGGCCCAGGAUGCAGUCUGGCUGUGGAACCUCUGAGCUACAUGGCAGCCAAGUGGAAUAUCCCCGUCAUCACCCCCGCGGGCUCCGCAGGAAUCCUGGCAGACAAAACCCUGUUCAAGACCCUCACCAGACUUUCAUUCGGCAUGCAGGAAUACGCGGAGAUGUACCUGUACGUGCUCAACAUGUACGGCUGGAAGCACGUGGCUCUCGUCUACGACAAGGACGACGUCUUCUCCGGCAUCAUUGGCGCAACCUUCUACAACAUCUUCAGAUCGACUGACCUUGCGCUUGCUCAUCAUCCCGUUAGGUCAAGGUCGUUUGGUGAUGAGGAGUAUCGGGAAGUUUUACGGAAAGCGAACCAGGAAGCUAGAGUGUUCAUAGUCUUGGCAGCCCCCGACACCACCCGGAAGCUGCUCCUUCACGCGCAUGCGCUGGGAUACACGACUGGACAGCAUGUUUUCCUGUCAACUAUUCCUGUCGACAAGAAGUUGGAUAUUUGGCAGAGGAAUGAUGAACACGAUGAGAUCGUUAAAGGGGCUUGUCAAUCCACUGUAUUCAUCGCCCUGAGUGAGAGCUUCGACCUGGACUACGUCACAUUCAAGAGGAACAUCGUGAACAGAGCUUUGAGAGACUACAACCUGGACUUCGGGAAAACCGAGCCAACCAUACUACUGACUGGAUUCUAUGACGCAAUCGUGAUAUAUGCUGACGUCAUCAACGAGACCUUGGCCCAGGGAGGUGACCCCACUGACGGAAUUGACGUCACGCGUCGAAUGUGGAACAGAACCUUUAACGGAAUUGGCGGUCGGGUUUCCAUCAACGACAACGGCGACAAAUACACCGACUUCAUCUUGUUCGAUAUGCAGGAUACAGCUAAUGGGAUGUUUGAGGUUGUGGGCGAGUACGAUGGCCGAACCAAGACGUUCAGCUUCAGACCUGGGAUGUCGAUCAAGUGGGUGGGCUCCGGUCCGCCACCGGAUGUACCUGAAUGUGGCUUCCGGGAAGAUAGGUGCGCAGUAACAGGUCAGUAUCGACAUGAACGCGCAGGUCAACCAGCAGACGCCAUUCUUCUUCCCAUAAAAGUCGUGCAAACACGUUAA